AUGAACUACAAGUUGUUGCUCGCUGUCGUCGCCUUUGCUGCUCUUUUCAGCACUGCUGAAGCCGACUUCUUGGAGUGCCAGAUGUGCCAGAUGAGCGUCAAAGUUGUCGUCCCAAUGCUUGGACAGGACACCAAGAACAUCGAACAGGCUGUUGAUGAGGAAUGUAAGAAGGAGUUCCACAAGAUUCCUUUCGCCACCCAGGAAUGCAAGAACUUUGUCAACACCAAACUUGAUCCCAUCAUUCACGAGCUCGAGAACGGAACCGCACCAAAGGACGUGUGCACCAAGCUCAACAUGUGCUAA